GCAAACCCAGAGACAGGAGGGGGAAACCCGCGUCCAGGUGCAGGCUUGCGUGGACGUCGCGGCGGCGAAUGCCAGCCUGCGUGUUUUUUUAAAAGCGGCGCGACCCUCUCCGUCCCCGAGGCCCCCUCCCCACCUGCAGGCGAGCGAGGAAGAGGGUGGCAGCCGGCUUGCAAGACAGCUGCUAAGCCAGGGGACGGAGCCUUCAGAGCUCAGCGGAUUCAGCCUCUCCCCCCCGGUUGGAGCAAACGGCACCCCCCAGGAUACCCCCCUUCUCUCCCCAUUGAGGAACUCUUGGCCUCCCUGACUCUCGCCACCUGCUUUUGGGGGACCCCUCGGAGCCGGGCAGAGGGAGAUCUCCUUGCUGGAGCGUUGCCUUCUCUCGCCACCCCGAAACCCCCUUUCUUUUCCAACCAAAGAUGGUCAACGAACGCUGGAAAAAUGUGGGGAGAUCGGCGCAGCUGGAGGACGGACCUCAGGAGAAAUCUCAGAGGGUGAACUGUAGCUACAUCCUCUGCACCGUCCUCCUCUCCGUGGUGAUCCUCUUAGCUGUCACCGUUACCGCCGCCAUCCUCUUCAUGAACCACUACCACACCCCGGUCACCGAAUCCCCGCCCAUCAUCACCACCAAUCCAGACGACGCCAACGCUUUGGUCACCAUUGAGAAAGCUGACACUUCCCGCAUCAACAUCUUCAUUGACCCGAACUGUCCGAGCCAAGCCAACAGCUUCGUCCGCUUGGAGAGCCUGCAAACGUCCCUCCUGCGAGUCGUGACGGACCACGAGGCUGAGACCAAGUCCUCCACGGGGCAGGAUCGGGCCUUGCUGGUGGGCCUCUCGGACGAGGUCUCCAAGCUGCUCUCUCACACCACCCAGCUCCGGACGGACUGUGAGAAUUUGAAGAAGGGCCAUGGCGCCCUCGGGCAGGAGCUGAGCGCCCUCCAGAACGAGCAAGGGCGCCUCAUACAGCUGCUUUCCGAAAGCCAGACCCACAUCGCGCGGCUGGUGAACUCCGUCAGCGACAUUCUGGACACGCUGCAAAAGGAGCGCAGCCUCGCCCGGCCACGGAUGAAGGCGGACCUCCAGCGGAUCCCGUCUCGGGGCCCACGGCCCAAAGGAUGUCCGAACGGCUCGAGGCCUCGGGAUUGCUUUGACGUCUAUGCCGGUGGACAACAAGGGGACGGGGUCUUCUCCAUCUUCCCCACUCACUACCCGGAGGGGUUCCAGGUUUAUUGUGACAUGACCACAGAUGGUGGAGGAUGGACAGUCUUUCAGAGGCGUGAGGACGGCUCCGUGAAUUUCUUCCGUGGCUGGGAAGCUUAUAAAGAUGGAUUUGGAAAACUGACAGAGGAACACUGGCUGGGUCUGAAGCGAAUCCAUGCUCUCAGCACGCAAGGAAACUAUGAAUUGCGCAUCGACCUGGAGGAUUUCGAUAAUGGCACGGCCUAUGCCCAUUACGGGACUUUUGCAGUCGGCCUGUUUUCUGUGGACCCGGAGGAAGAUGGCUACCCCAUCUCCAUUGCUGACUAUUCUGGAACAGCAGGAGACUCUCUCUUGAAACACAAUGGCAUGAAAUUCACCACCAAAGACCUGGACAACGACCAUUCGGAGAACAACUGCGCCGCCUUUUACCACGGUGCUUGGUGGUAUCGCAACUGUCACACGUCCAACCUGAACGGUCAGUACCUCAAGGGCCACCACAGCUCCUAUGCAGACGGAAUCGAGUGGUCAUCCUGGACAGGUUGGCAAUAUUCUCUCAAGUUCACCGAAAUGAAAAUUCGGCCGGUCAGAGAUGAAAACUAGCGGUGUGUUCCUCCUUCAUUCCUCUCUCACCUUUCCACCUUCGAAGCUCACUGUGGUUUUGCCUGAGUCUGGAGAAACACAGAAGCCGAGAAAUUCCCUUGCCAUCUCUUCACACUUGACUAUGUCAAAUGUUCUCUUUGUGUCCUCAACUGAGUUUUGGAGAAGACACUCGUUGUAUACCUCUCUCUGGUGCAAGACAAGCAUUCUUGUAAAUCGGUCCUCUUCUCUACACCCAAAAGGACAGACUUGAGAAGAAAACAUCUCUCUUCACUUCAUCUUGAUGGGUGUAAUCACGCACCUCCCCUAGCAAUCCAAGAUGUUAUUUUAAGAGAGGUCUUUUGCUCUUCGGAGAAGUUAGCUUUGGUUCAAGAGCAUCUUCCCAGGGACCUCCAUAAAAAAAAAAGUUGCCCUAAUUAUUUUUAUGGGGAGCCACACAUUAAUUAUUCAGCUGAGGAAGGCCACUUGAAAAGGAAGGAAGGAUUUAGCUGGUGACAAGAAUGGGUCACAUAUUAGAAGCUCAGGGUGAAAUCUAUAAUGGGGAAAACAAAUUGCAUGGAUGGAUGUAGAAAGUAAAUUUAUCAUAGGACACAAGACUCUUUUGGAAAACUCAAUCACCUGCAAAAAUUUCCAGGCUGUGUAAAAAAGGAGCAGAAUUUAUUCAUUUUCCUGUGUCUGGUUAAAGGAAGGCAAAUGAAGUGCCAGCUAUAAAAAUGAGAUUAAUUCCAUAAACCACAGUUCAACUACACAUAGAUAUACCAUCAAAAAUUGGUCCCAGGACUGCUGAACAUUUUAAAAAAAAUAAUGGAAGACCCCAAAGAGCCGUAGAUAUAACAAGAAGCUUAUAUCUACAGUGACCAGGCGUCCUUUAUCUCAGAAAACUAUUCUUUAGAUUUAUUUAUUUUACCAAAAACUCCUUCUUGUCUGUGAUUUUGGUCACGGUUCACCGUGCAAAUGGCACCCUGCAAUGCCCAGCCUUCAUUCAUGUGAAAAAUAUGGAAAUUGAAGUGUCUUUUUAAAAAUAAGUUUACAUACAGGUAGAGUCUUUGACUUAUAACCAUUUACAGCAGUUUCAGAAUCCCAGAGACCAAAAUUUCUUUUGCUAAGCAAAGGUGUUUCUUAAGUGGGUCACGUCCGAUUUUACAACCACGUGCCACGGUUGUUAAAUGAAUCAUUGCAGCUGUGAAGUGAACCACAUGGUCAUUAAGGGAAUCUGACUUCCUCCCAUUGACUGUGCUUGUCGAAAGCCGGCUGGGAAGGACACAAAUAACGAUUACAUGAGUGCAGGACAAUACAACAGGCAUAAGUACAUGUCAGUUGCCAAGCACCCAAAUUUUGAUCAUGUUACCCCGGGGAAUCUGCAAUGGUUGUAACAACUGCGAGGACCAGUCGUAAGUCACUUUUUCAGAGCGAUUGUAACUUCCAACCAUCACCAACAAAUGGUUGUAAAGUCGAGGACUUACCUGCAUAAGGUUUGAUUUUGUAUACUUUUAUUAGAACAUACAUUUUUUUGUAAAUAUUGUCUCGGUUUUGAUCCUGAAUUUUCCUUUGUAAAGCAAAGUUAUAAAAAGAAGCAAGUAAAAUGGUUGAUCCUUACAAAUCUUGUUUCAGAUUUAUCCUUUUUUCCAGGUCUUCUGUUCGUUCUUCCCUCCAAUGAUCACUGCAAUU